CCAUAGGUCGGUCCGUCCGAUAGACACACCAACACAUCACUGACAUGCAUCAGCAAGCAACAAUUAGAUGGAUUGGAUGCGAUGCGAUGCCCACCGGUCACGAUGCAAGCACAAACGCGUCAGCCAUCCGUCCCAGCAUCCGUCUCGGGCUCAUCCUUGUCUCUCUCGUCACAAGCCGUCUCCUCCUCCCCCUCCACCUCUCCCUUGCCACCCUCUCCAUCGGGCCCAUCGGCUACCGCCUCUCAUCUUCCCUCGCUGCUGCUGCUGCUGCUGCUGAGGAUGAUGAUGAGGAUGAUGACGGGCACGAGCGGGCAGCGUCCUUUGACUCUAGCUGCUCCAGCUCUUGAUACAGCGACGACAACUGGACGGACGACACACACAUAACAUACACACACAGGCAACCCAUAGCAUCAGUAAGUUAGACGCACCUUGUCUUUGAGUCUUGCGAUAGUGUUGUCGAGUGCGUCGUCCCGCCUCGCCGCGCGCCCACUGCGGCCGGUGUGGGGCACUGACGGGGUGUCGCUGGUAGUGGCACUGGCGGUGCUGGGGGUAGUGGUGGCCUGUUGGUCGUCGGGCUUGGCGGCGGAUGGGCCGUCGUCUGCGGUUGAAGGUCUGAGCUGUGACAGGUUGGCUCGCAUCGUGUGGUUGAUCUGAUAGGUGGACGGAAAGACAAGAAGUAGGGCAAUACGGUCUUGGUGGGUAAGUGCGGCUAGGUGUGUGGGUUUACUGACCUCUUUGAGGAAGUCGACGUCCUUGCGGAGGCCCUCGACACGCGCCUGAUGAUCGAUCCAUCCCCCCAUGAAUGCUUGUUGAUGCAACACAUACAUACCUGUGCCUCUCGUGUGUGUGCCAACACACCUGUGCGUGCUUGAGUGCUUUCUCCUGCUGGUGUCUGUUGUGGUCGCCCUGACUUAUCAGCUGACGCAACGACGCCUGCACACACAGAUAAGACGCCCACACAUUCACCGUAUGUGUGUCUGUGUGGUAUAGCUCACUGCUUGGUCCUGGAGUGACUCAGCUUUGGCUUUGAGCGUCUCCAGGUCACACGCAUGGGACCGCUCAGCCUCGCGCAGCUGAACCACACACACACAUACACACACACACACACACACACACAGGAUGCGGUGCUCGCUGCAUGCGCCAUGUCUGCCUGUGUGUGUGGGGGGGAUGCCUGCAUACCUUUUCUUCGAAGAAGUGUCGUUGGUAAUCGAGUUGUGAGACGAGGACCACAUCAAGCUCCAUGCCCAGAUGAUCCGUCGCACACUAUGUGACACACACAACAGAUACGGACGUGGGUGACCUCGGCCGGCAUCCACGCAUCGACUCACCUCUGAGGCCUUUUUGGCUUCUUCAGGGUCUCCCAGGUCCCCGUCCUUUUCAUCCUCAUCGCCACCACGCACCUCUCCAUCUGACACACAUAGAUACAUACCACAUAUGGUAAGGGGGGAUCGCGUGUUGUCUGUCCCUGCCCCUGUCCGCUCACCAGCAGCAGCAGUUGGGUCGGCCGGGUGCGGCAGGGCCACCUCGAAGAAACGACCUGCCGCCACGGCCUGAACCUGUGCACAGUGUUCCCGUGUUCCCACGCCACGGAGAGAGGCGAUGCGAUGUCUAGAAGACCAUGCUACAGUAUUGCUGUGCGUGGCUCACCAGUCGCCUGUGGACAAAGACAUCCUGGUCGUAGUCCCAAAUGCGGCCGGAUGAGAGUUGCAGGCAGAAUCGGUGGCCAGUGGUGGCCGCGUGCUCCUUGGCGUGGCCGCCAGCAUACCUGAAAACACAUACAUGACACAUACAUGACACACACACGCAUUUAUUCAGACACAUGUCCAACGGCCGCAGGAAAGGAUCGCUGCUCGACACAGUGCAAUGUGACCUUCCUACCUGCCGCAUCCAAAGUGCCCGCAGACGAGACAUAUCCACAGCUGAACGUGGACACACACACACACAGCCACACCACACUCAUCCAUGUGGGUAUGUAUGUACCCCCAAUCUACCUACUUACCUGGUUGUGUGCGCCGCAUUCCCUGCAGCUGUCGAUGCUCAUGUCACUGAUGCCGCCGCAGCCCGUCGAUGCCCUCGACCGAGUUGUGGCAUCGAUCUCCCAUAGCGCGCCGCUGCUCGCGGUGGAAGUGGUAGGUGGCCGCAAUGGCAGGGACUGCUGGGGCGAGCUCUGACAGAGUGACGGGGAGACAGGGAGGCACGUAUGGUGUGGUUGUGUGUUCGGUGUCUGAGGGUACCUUGAUGAGUUGUGCGAGUCCCUGUGUGGAGCUGGCGGUGGUCUUGCGGCGCUUGUUGGUCCCAUGAAGGGACAACGGGAACCUGAAAAUGAAGAUCAACAUCCAUCAACCUCUGGUGGAUGCGGGCUGGGAUGGAUGCCUUGUGCACUGACUGACUGACUUGACGACACAUCUGCAGGCGUUGCACGACCGCAGAGGGAGACACCCCGCAGACAGCCAACCGGAAGACUGCGUCAAGAUACCUGCAAACGAGCCACAAAGCACCCAUAUACAUAGCUAUUAAUCCAUCUCAUCUCAUCUAUGCUGGCAGGUUUGCCUGCCAUGCCUACCUACCCGUGACGGAGACGUCAAGCCGUUCGAGGCACACGGGGCACGAGGGGAUCUCCGAACAUAGAGAUGGUGACAACGGGGGGGACGGGGGCUGUUUGAGUUGACACACACAACACAUGACAGACAGACAGACGUCACAUCUGGCACGGACCCAUAUAUCCAUUCCCGCUGACCUCAAUGUGUUUAUUGUGCCCAUCAGCAGCGUGCCAGUAUGUGACGGAUGCGACGAAGACGAGGUAGCAGCAGGGCAGGCCUGCCGUGGUCUGCUGGCUGUCGGGGGCCUCCCGCCGGCCUAUCACCGACUGGGCCGUGAAGCUGGGGAACGACUUGCCGUGAAACGCCUGAUAGAAGUUGUCGGCAUGUUGCUGAGAGUCAAGGAUCACCAGAGCCGAGUAGAAACUGCCAACAGACAAUACACACCACACACAAGAAGGAAGAACUAGGCGACAGACAGACAAAAUAAUCUUCCUUCGCAGCUCAGCUCCUCCCACUCCUCACUCAGGGGUCGGUGACGGCACAUCCACUUCGCCGUCCCACUCGCUCUCCGCGCCCUGCCGCACCCCACCAGCAGGCGACCUCUCAUCGCCGCCGUCGCCAUUGUCGAUGGUCGUGAUAGCAUCCUCAGGCAGGCUGGGCAGCGGCUGGUACGGCCCCUCCGUCUGCACCCCUAUCGACACGCACGCCGCCGGCCGGUGUGCAGGUGAGGCGGAGUUGUCGGGGGGCUGGUGGAUGGGGGGGCUGGCUGAUCGGCUGGAGGGCCACGAGGGCCGCCUGAAGACCCGCAGGAUGCUGAUGGACGCGCGCGACUCGCCGAAGAAGGCGAGCAGGUCGGGCAGCGAAAAGGUGGAGGGGGCCGCCACAAGGAACAACUGCACAAACAUAUGCAAACCAGCCACGAAAGCAUCCAUCCAUCCAUCCAUCCAUCCAUCCAUCUCCUAUCGCACUGACUCACUGACCAUGUGGCUCCUUUGCAGCGGCAGCACACGGAAUCCGUGUGACCGGCCGCCGUGCCGAGCCGGCAGAGUCACGCCUGUCUUCUCCCUGACACAGAGAUACGGACGGACACAGCCAACAGCACACAAGUGGUUGCACACAAGUGGCGGUAGGUGGAACCAUCAUGGCAGAGAAUGCAUGCAUGGCUUACUGGAAGAGAUGGCACUCGCCGGUAAGCUCCUGCACGCCACCCCUGGGAGCAGGCUCUCUGACAGUGGGACACAGCAACAAGACAGAUCAACACACCACACCCAAUGCGCAGAAUGUGCAGACAGACGAUCAGUCACUCCUUCCUUGCUUCCUUCACGAGCAGCACCAGAUCUCACCUUCUUCCCCCUGCAUCUGUCCUCGGCUGUGUCAUAGUUCCAUCAUAUUGAUUCGCUGCAUCUUCCUCCGGCGAGCACAGCCUGGCAUUGUCAUCUAUGUCGUUGCCGUCUUGCCCUUGGUUUUCUUCCCGCUCGACAGUCUGCUCGAAGUGGCUGAGGCGGACAGGCCCGUUGCGGAGGAGACCCGCUGAACAAGGCGACAGCUUGGUCACCAAAUGAAACAUCACAAACACAAGACACUUGCUCCCCCCAUUCGCUUCUCUCUUGGCGGUUUCAG